CCCAGCUCCGGCGCAGAGGAUAGCACCAGGUAGUUGGAGAGAGACCGGAGACAAGUGUGGGGAGCCGUGGAGGACAUAAGCUUUUUCCUUGGUCUUCCAGAUAAGUAGCACCUCAAAGAUGAUGAGUUACUACAUGGACACAACCAUUGGCAACACGGGCCCUUAUCCUUUGGCUCGCCCUGGAGCGAUGAAGCAAGGCGCUGGCAGCUGCUAUGAGGACCCCUGGAUGCCGUGCAGGCUUCAGUCAGCCUGCUGCCCACCCAGGACCUGCUGCCCGCCGUGGGACGAGGCGGCCAUCCAAGAGGUGCCCACCGGCCUGGAGCACUACAGCACAGAUAUGGAAUGUGCAGAUGUGCCUUUGUUAACCCCCAGCAGCAAGGAAAUGAUGUCUCAGGCACUGAAAGCCACCUUCAGUGGCUUUGCAAAGGAGCAGCAGCGGCUGGGAAUCCCCAAAGAUCCCCAGCAGUGGACAGAGACACACGUGCGGGACUGGGUGAUGUGGGCAGUGAAUGAGUUCAGCCUGAAGGGAGUGGAUUUCCAGAAGUUCUGCAUGAACGGAGCUGCCCUCUGCGCCCUGGGCAAGGAGUGCUUCCUGGAGCUAGCGCCCGACUUUGUGGGAGAUAUCCUUUGGGAACACCUGGAGAUCUUGCAGAAAGAAGAGGCAAAACCGUACCCAGCAAAUGGAGUGAAUGCAGCGUAUCCAGAAUCCCGCUACACUUCAGACUACUUCAUUAGUUAUGGCAUUGAACACGCACAGUGCGUGCCUCCCUCCGAGUUCUCCGAGCCCAGCUUCAUCACAGAGUCCUACCAGACCCUCCAUCCCAUCAGCUCGGAAGAGCUUCUGUCCCUCAAGUACGAGAACGACUAUCCCUCAGUCAUCCUGCGUGACCCCGUCCAGACGGACUCCCUGCAGACAGAUUACUUCACGAUCAAACAGGAGGUGGUGACGCCGGACAACAUGUGCAUGGGACGUGCCAGUCGAGGUAAACUGGGUGGCCAGGACUCCUUUGAGAGCAUAGAGAGCUACGACAGCUGUGACCGCCUGACGCAGUCCUGGAGCAGCCAGUCCUCCUUCCAGAGCCUGCAGCGCGUCCCCUCCUACGAUAGCUUUGACUCGGAGGACUACCCCACCGCCCUGCCCAACCACAAGCCCAAGGGCACCUUCAAGGACUAUGUUCGAGAUCGGGCUGACAUGAACAAGGACAAGCCUGUCAUUCCUGCCGCUGCCCUCGCCGGCUACACAGGCAGUGGACCCAUCCAACUGUGGCAAUUCCUGCUGGAGCUGCUCACUGACAAAUCCUGUCAGUCCUUCAUCAGCUGGACGGGUGAUGGCUGGGAGUUCAAACUUUCUGAUCCAGAUGAGGUGGCCAGGCGGUGGGGCAAGAGGAAAAACAAGCCCAAGAUGAACUAUGAGAAGCUGAGCCGUGGUCUGCGUUACUAUUAUGACAAGAACAUCAUCCACAAGACGGCCGGCAAGCGCUACGUCUACCGCUUCGUCUGCGACCUGCAGAGCCUGCUGGGCUACACGCCGGAGGAGCUGCACGCGAUGCUGGACGUCAAGCCGGAUGCUGACGAGUGAAUUCUGAAGAGCUUAUGGGACUUCAUCUUUUUUUUUUUUUUUUUUUUGCUUUUUUUCGUUAUUUUUUGUUGUUAGAGAGCAACUCAGAUUUGAUGCUUGGAGGAUGUUGGGAGAGAGGGUGGCGGGUGAGUCGAACUUCUGGUUGGAAUAACCUUAAAAGUUUGGUUCGGAGAAGGAUGAACCUUUGUUUGCUGAGAGCUCCAGGACAGGCUUCUUUGGGUAAGAUUCUGAGUUUUAAGAAAGCCAGAACAAUGUAGCUCACUUUAAAAAGGAAAAAAAAGAAAAAAAAAAAAGAAAAAAAGCAAACAGAAAAACCUCCCCAUCCCUCGCUGGUUAGAAAAAAUA